AUGAGACAGCUAACAGAGGAAGAGACGAAGGUGGUGUUCGAAAAGUUGGCGGGGUACAUCGGACGGAAUAUUUCCUACCUGGUCGACAAUAAGGAGCAGCCACAUGUGUUCAGGCUGCAGAAAGAUAGGGUUUACUACAUGCCAGAGCACAUUGCGAAGCUGGCCACAUGUGUUGCGAGGCCGAAUCUGAUGUCGCUGGGCAUCUGUCUUGGGAAGUUUACAAAAACGGGGAAGUUCAGACUGCACAUUACGGCGCUAACGGUGUUGGCGCAGCAUGCGAAGUACAAGGUAUGGAUCAAGCCCAAUGGCGAGAUGCCAUUCCUGUACGGCAACCAUGUCCUGAAGGCGCACGUUGGCAAGAUGUCGGACGACAUACCGGAGCACUCGGGUGUGAUCGUGUUUUCGAUGCAUGACGUUCCAUUGGGGUUCGGGGUCAGUGCCAAGAGCACGUCAGAGGCUCGCGACCUGCAGCCCAUGGGCAUUGUUGCAUUCAGACAGGCGGACAUCGGUGAAUACUUGAGAGACGAGGAUACGUUGUUUACGUGA